AUGGUGGGAAAGGGGAGAGUUCUUGGUGUUGGUAGUUAUGGGGUUGUUUAUGAAGCUCGUCCAUUGCUUGGCGAUCCUAUCUCUCUUAUUCUUCCGCCACUUAUGGCAGUUAAAUCGUUCAUUAUUAAGGAUUCUCUCGACCGAGAGAAACAGUUUUUGUCGAUAUUCAAAGAUGAUCAUCCAAACAUCAUUGGUUAUUAUGGUUGUUCGGAUUUCAACAUAUUUUUGGAGUAUGCCUCCGGCGGCGACUUAAAGAAAACCUGUGGAGGAUUAUCGGAGAUGGAGCCGGAGAAUAUAUUAUUGACCGGCGAUGGAGUUCCAAAGAUUGCAGAUUUUGGAUUGGCCAUGAAAGCAGGAGUUGUUAACAGAACUGACGGAAGGCGAGGGACGCCAGAAUAUAUGGCGCCUGAAGUGAUAACACACGGAGUAUAUAACUGGCCAUGUGAUAUUUGGGCAUUGGGUUGUACUGUAUUAAAGAUGCUAACCGGACAGAAGAAAGUAUGGGAAGGAUUUCCGACUAAUAAGGAUAUAAAGAAUUUUGUGGCAAAACACGACGUCGUACCAGUAAUUCCUGACGGGCUGUUAUUUGAGGCAAAAGAUUUCUUACAAAGGUGUCUUGUGAGGGAUUUUUGGAAUAGAUGGAAUGUUAAAUCACUUCUCAGUCAUCCGUUCGUAUUGAGAAAGACGAAAGAACUCAACUCAUAA